UAUAACAAUCUGUUGUAAUGAAGAAUAACAUCUUUUCUAAUAGACUUUCAGACUACAGUAUCAGUGAAGAAGGUUAUAAAGCUCUGUCUUCAGCUCUGAGAUCAAACCCUUCACACCUGAUAGAGCUGGAUCUCACAGGAAAUUAUCCUGGACCAUCAGGAGUGAAGCAGCUCAGUGAUUUACUACAGGAUCCAAACUGUCAACUCAAGACUCUGAGGUUUUUGGGUCCUGCUGCAGAUGAAGGCUGUCAGUAUGUGACUGGAAUUGUGGGUAAAAACCCGUUACUCUUGAGAGAGCUGUAUCUCAGUCAGCGUAAACUAGGAGACACAGGAGUGAAUCAGAUCUCUGCUCUACUGCAGGAUAAACACUGUACACUCAACACACUGAUGUGAGUAUCUUACAUCAUUUCACAUGUUA